UAGAAGAUUGGUCCAUCCACCCGCUAAUGUGACCUACUUUCUUCGUCCUCUAGCUUCUUCACACCACCAUCCAUCCACUCUAACCACGGAAAGAAAAUCAAAACCAUGUCGGCGCCCUCUUCUCCCUUUAACAUCGCGGGCCAGCAGGCACCUCUCCUCGCGCCCGUCCUCGUGUCGAUGUACGUCGGCACGGCGGUCUUUGUCGUACCCCGCCUCGCGCCCUACUCUUCCAUCCAUCUCAUCCCCUACUGGCAAGCCCUCUUUCAGACCAUUGGUCUGGGCGAUGUCUCGCGAGGCCGCCUGCCCAUCGCGCUCCUUGUCGCCGCCACCUUCCAGACUUGGGUUGUCACCGCCAUCCUGAGCGUUGUUGGCGCUGCCUAUGCGCAGGACGGCUACGUCAACAAGGAGCCGAGGAGCUUUAAGCGGAACCUCAGGGGCUUCCCUGCCAGGCUCACGGCGGCCCACGAGGCCAUCCUUGAAUUCUACCCUGCUUUCGCAGUGGCCGCUGUUCUCGUGCAGACACUUGACCAUGGCAUCGUUGGCGGCUCUGCCAAUCUCAUCAACGAGCUGGCGCUUGUCGCGUCCGUCAAGUUCCUCCUCUUCCCGCUGGCCUACUACCUCAACAUUGACCUUGCACGCACCGUCUUGCACCAGAUUAGCGUCGGCUCCUGCCUCCAGAUCUUCCUCAAGCUCGCCUUCUCCAAGCUCAAGUAAUCCUUUGCCCCUCAUAUCGUGCCCCACUCUGUCUACCCCACCACCAAGAAGGAAGAAAAGAAGAACAUAAAAAAAGCUAAGCCGCUCCACGUGUACAGCUCCUUGAUUAAAUUUAAGCGUGUCUAGUUU